GUUAAUCAUGUUUUCCAGCAUAUGAUUCCUUCCCUUCUCAUUAAUAAACAAAUGAAAAAUGAAGUCUCCUGGACGAACCUUUUUUACCUGCGAGCUUUGACAAACAAUUAGUAACAAUAUUUGAAAGUGUUUUCCAUCCGGUGAGAAAAAUGAGUGCUUUGGGAAACCUUGUACCAAUUUUCUCAAGCUUUCUAGGUCUGUUUGCUCUGUUAACUCUAAUCAAGAUGCUUCACAAACUGUGGUGGAUUCCUACCCGCAUGCAGUACUUGAUGAGUUUGAGAGGAAUCAAAGGUCCUUCUUACAGAUUCAUCCAUGGAAACACCAAACAAAUUUUGACCAUGAAAAAGGAAGCCAUGGAAAAACCUAUGAGUUUAUCCCACAACAUAUUUCCUAAAGUUCAGCCUCAUAUCGAAUCGUGGGUCAGAACAUAUGGAAAGAAUUACAUGCAAUGGUAUGGAGCUGAAGCUCAACUGGUUGUCACAGAUCCGGAUUUGAUCAAAGAGAUACUCAAUAAUAAAGACAGAGCUUUUCCAAAAUUUGAGACCCAAGCCUUGGUCAAGAAGCUAUUAGGAGAUGGACUUGUGAAUAGUGAAGGUGAAAAAUGGGCAAAAUUGAGGAAACUUGCCAAUCAUGCCUUUCAUGGAGAGAGCUUGAAAGAUAUGACUCCUGCAAUGAUAUCUGGUGUUGAGAUUAUGUUGGAGAGGUGGAAAUUAUACGAAGGUCAAGAGAUUGAGGUAUUUGAAGAAUUCAGAUUGUUGACUUCCGAAGUGAUUUCCAGAACAGCAUUUGGUAACAGUUACCAAAAAGGGAAGAAAAUUUUUGAUAUGCUGAUGAGGUUGGCCUUGUUAACUUCCAAUAAUGCUUACAAACUUAGGCUUCCUGGUACCAGCAAUUUUUUCAAAACGAACGACCAGAUUGAAUCAGACAUGCUUGAGAUAGAAAUACGCAAUAACAUUAUCGAGAUAAUCAAGGAAAGAAAAGAGAAGGUGAUGAAUGGAAAAGAAGACAAUUUUGGAGGCGAUUUUCUUGGAUUACUUUUAAAGGCUCAUCAUGAUGCCAAUGUCAACCAGAGGAUUUCAGUGGACAAUAUGAUUGAUGAGUGCAAAACAUUUUAUUUUGCUGGCCAAGAAACCACUAACACUUUACUCGGCUGGACUAUCUUUCUUCUAGCAAUUUACGCAGACUGGCAAGAAGAAGUUAGAAAGGAGGUGGUCAGUUUGUUUGGUCACCAAAAUCCGAAUCCGGAUAGCUUUGCAAAACUAAAAAUAAUGGGCAUGGUCUUCAAUGAAACACUGAGAUUAUAUCCUCCUGUGAUUACAAUGACAAGGAAAGUUGAAAGGGAAGUCAGAGUGGGAAACCAUAUUCUUCCUGCUAAUCUGAAUUUGUAUAUUUCAACUUUACCACCUCACCAUGACCCUGACAUUUGGGGAGAAGAUGUGCAUAGCUUCAAACCAGAGAGAUUUUCAGAAGGGGUUGCUCAAGCUACUAAGAGUAACCCUGCUGCAUUUUUUCCCUUUGGAAUGGGACCUCGAAAUUGUGUAGGCUCAAACUUUGCCAUCACUGAAUCAAAGAUCGCUCUUUGCAUGAUUCUUCAACGCUACAGCUUCACUCUUUCCCCAACCUAUGUCCAUAUGCCUUAUCAGCUCAUUACUCUUCGUCCGCAGCAUGGAAUUCAAGUCUUACUACAGCCACUGUAAAACGGUAAUUUGACAUAAACUUAUGCAGUUUGUGCUCCCAAAUUAAUGAAAACCCAAUCACUCUUUAGAGCAUGCUACUUCCUGGAUCGUGAUAGUUUGCAAAGACUGGACUUUAAGCAAUUUGCAAGAAUAAUAUAAAAUAAACAGAUAGAUAGAAACAUGUUUUUUUAGCAUAGAAAGGUAUGCCAUAUCCUCUAAAGCCAAAAAAAGGCUAUCUGAGUGCUGCUCAUAUCCUCGAAAACCAUUUAGUACUUGGAAUUUUCUUCUAUUCUUGAUGGUAUUUUGACCAAUUCUAAAUUUUUUUCAUAGUAUUUUGUUUGGUUUGGCGUUAACCUUGCUAAUCUUCUAGUUUUAUUUGGAGGCAAUGUUGUCCAUUAUUUUAACAUGGCUGGUUGAUAUGCGGUUUCCUGAUGUACUUUACAUGUCUUUAUUUAUUAGUGUUUCUGUUUCAGAAAAAAAAAAAAGAUAAAAAAAAUUUUUAAAAAAAAAUGUCAUACGAAGAAUGAUUAUGGGGCUACCCAAUUAACGGCAUUAUGGUAUUCAGUGGCCCAAUUAACCCUUAGCCCAAAAUAGACGGUCAUUGAUCUCAACAGGCAACCACACUGGGUGGAUGGCAGAGCCUUUUCUUUCAGAUAUUAAAGUCUUGUUUUGUGUUUCUAUUUGCAUUCACACAUUUAUUAAAUGGAUCGGGUAUUCACCAAAAAAAAAAAUUAAUUGGGUCGGGAAUUCACACCCAUCAAACGUACAAGUGCUCAAUUUUAAUACCACCUUAAUCCUAAUUUUUAUGGGAACCUUUUUUUUUCAUAUUAUCAGUGAGCAGGAUAUUCAAACUCAGAAUUUUUGUCAUUACAAGUAAUGAUUUUGUCAUUCAGUGGCCCCAAAAGGGACAUCUCGAUGAAAGAUCCGAGUGUAACAAUUUGAAAUUAAUUAUCAUUUAUAAUUUCCAUAAAUUAAUUAACACCUUUUCUGCC